AUGAUGUGCCAUUUCCUCAGUCGAUCCCGCACUCCUCGCCAAGAGCAGGAGGGCGAUCAUUCAAAGCCCUUGUUAGGAAACAUGUGGCGUCGGUACCACCUCCUUACGCCGACGAACGCCGUGUUUGAUGCAGACCAGACACGUCCAGAACACAAGAGAUCGUGGUCCGUUCUCGCUUUGGGACUGGGAGCUGUGCUGGCUUCCAUCCUCCUAGCUACGUCGGUCGCAAGCCUCCUUCAGAUCAGCAACCACCAUGCUCGGCACGACGUGAUUCCGGCACGACAGUCACUUCACUCCUGUGGCCCAACGGCCGCCACGGCCCGCGAGCGGGGUUGCCAUUUUGAUCACAUGUCGGCCAGCUGGGUGCAGACGGAUUGCUUCGACAAGGAGCUGAUGCAUGAGUACGUCCAUGCCGGCUUCCACGAGCGGAACUGGACCUUCUGGAGGGACGAAGACGGCAAGGCCGGGACUCGGAUGUCGAAAGACGAGAUCCUGUCCGGCGAGUGGGAGGUCAUCUGGGCAUCGGGGGACUAUCACUACGCCCACUGCGCCUACUUCUGGGAGAAGCAAUGGAGGCAGUUCCGCGCCGGCGGGUUGGUCGUGACUUUGGACUCCCGGAUCCGGUUUCCGCACCACACCAAGCAUUGCAUCGAUUUUGUGAGGGCCCCGAAUAUAACCUACAUCCAAGGGAAGGCGAGCUCCAUGAUACAUCAACGCUUCGGGCUUCUGGAGUGCGUCAUUGGACCAAUGUAA